UUUGACUUUGUUGUUCACACAGGAGAGAGACGGGACUAUCGUGGAUCCUCUGGGAAUCCUCAACAACCUCAUGAUGCUGACGAGGCAGAGAAGAGUCUCUCCACAUCAGAACUCCUCCAGAAACACCAGCAGAGACCCGCAGGGAAGAAAUCUCAUUGCUGCUCUGACUGUGGGAAGAGAUUCACCUCAUCAGGCAUUAAAAUUCAUCAGAGAACACACACAGGAGAGAAACCAUUUAGCUGUGUUCAAUGUGGGAAGAGUUUUGAUCAAUCUUGCCAUCUGAUUCAACACCAGAGAACACACACAGGAGAGAAACCUUAUAGCUGUGAUCAAUGUGGGAAGAGUUUUAGUCAAUCUGGACAGCUGACAGUGCACCAGAGAACACACACAGGAGAGAAGCCUUACAGCUGUGGUCAAUGUGGGAAGAGUUUUACUACAUCUAGCAAUCUGACUACACACCAGAGAACACACACAGGAGAGAAAUCUUAUAGCUGUGAUCAAUGUGGGAAGAGUUUUGAUCAAUCUGGACAGCUGACAGUGCACCAGAGAAUACACACAGGAGAGAAGCCUUACAGCUGUGGUCAAUGUGGGAAGAGUUUUACUACAUCUGGUCAUCUGACUCUACACCAGAGAACACACACAGGAGAGAAACCUUACAGCUGUGAUCAAUGUGGGAAGAGUUUUGGUCAUUCUGGCACUCUGACUUUACACCAGAGAAUACACACAGGAGAGAAACCUUGUAGCUGUGGUCAAUGUGGGAAGAGUUUUACUCAGUCAACCAGCCUGAUAUCACACCAGAGAACACACACAGGAGAGAAACCUUAUAGCUGUGAUCAAUGUGGGAAGAGUUUUACUACAUCUAGCAAUCUGACUCUACACCAGAGAACACACACAGGAGAGAAACCUUAUAGCUGUGAUCAAUGUGGGAAGAGUUUUUGUCAAUCUAGGGAUCUGACAGUGCACCAGAGAACACACACAGGAGAGAAACCUUAUAGCUGUGGUCAAUGUGGGAAGAGUUUUACUACAUCUGGCUCUCUGACAUUACACCAGAGAACACACACAGGAGAGACACCUUAUAGUUGUGGUCAAUGUGGGAAGAGUUUUACUACAUCUAGCAAUCUGACUCUACACCAGAGAACACACACAGGAGAGACACCUUAUAGCUGUGGUCAAUGUGGGAAGAGUUUUACUCAGUCAACCAGCCUGAUAUCACACCAGAGAAUACACACAGGAGAGAAACCUUACAGCUGUGGUCAAUGUGGGAAGAGUUUUACUACAUCUGGCCAUCUGACUCUACACCAGAGAAUACACACAGGAGAGAAACCGUAUAGCUGUGGUCAAUGUGGGAAGAGUUUUGGUCGAUCUGGCCAGCUGACAUUACACCAGAGAAUACACACAGGAGAGAAACCUUACAGCUGUGGUCAAUGUGGGAAGAGUUUUACUACAUCUGGUCAUCUGACUAUACACCAGAGAAUACACACAGGAGAGAAGCCUUAUAUCUGUGAUCAAUGUGGGAUGAGUUUUACUUCAUCUAGCCAGCUGACUUUACACCAGAGAACACACACAGGAGAGAAACCUUAUAUCUGUGAUCAAUGUGGGAUGAGUUUUACUACAUCAAGCCAUCUGAUUCGACACCAGAGAACACACACAGGAGAGAAACCUUAUAGUUGUAAUCAUUGUGAGAAGAGUUUUCCUACAUCUGGCCAGCUGACUUCACACCAGAGAACACACACAGGAGAGAAACCUUAUAGCUGUGAUCAAUGUGGGAAGAGUUUUACUAGAUCUAGCUAUCUGACAGUGCACCAGAGAACACACUCAGGAGAGAAAUCGUAUAGCUGUGACCAGAGAUAAUCUGAUAAAAGAUCUCUGACUAAAUUUCAGAAAAUACAUGAAGGAGUUGUUUCAUGAUAUCAAUGAAAUGAUGUCACAAUGUAGAAUGUUUUAACAUUGUAGUAGGAGUGUUUUAAUGAUGUCACAAUGUAGAACCCUAAAUGUUUGUCCCCUGUUCUAUUGAUUUCAACAUGAUAUGGAUAUUAGCCUCAGGGGGAAAAUCCACGCUCUGAAAUGGAAGAGUACUAUUUAUAUGAUUUAACAAAAAGUGACUAACACAAAAAGAGCUGUGUUACACUUACCACGUUGGUGACCCACUUGAAUUAAAAUGCAACACUUCAAAAAUGAAAAUAAAAUCUAGGCUCUGAAAUGAAAGAGUACUAUUUAUGAGAUUUAGUAAGUACACAUUAUUCCCAGAUUCCGUGUGGUUUUGAGCUGUUAGUUUUAACAGGACGUGCAACCUCAUCUCCCUCCUGUCGCAUAAAUGAUUUUAGCAUGAUAUCGAUGAGUUAUGACAAAUAAGUGUUGCGUUCCUUUGUUUAGCGACCCCUACAUUUAAAUGCAUUCCAACAUCACGUACAACCUGAUUUCCCCCCUAAUCGAUAUCAGUUAUUUAUUGCUACUUGUCAAAACAACACUGUUUCUGGUGCUUGUGCAGUUUAUAAGGAGCUUGUUUAAAAAAAUACAAGAAUUAUGAUUAUUGUGGCAGUUUGUGUAAAUAGCACAUGUUAUGUUUAGGUUUUCAAUUUAUCCCAAACUGUUUCUGCAUAUUGGUUAUUGAUUUGGACACGUUAAAACUGUGUUUUGACAUUGAGGCUAUCCCACCUAGCAAAAUGUAAUUGAAAAGACGUUGAAAAUAAGACUAUGCAAUCAACAACAAAUUUUUGUUUUAUUUUUUAUUAUACCAUGCCUUACCAUUAAGUUAAUUAUUGACAAUACAUAUUAUCAAAGGGGUGUACAUUUGGUUUUGGUAUUUCAUAUUUACAUUUCAUGUAACAUUUAGUAAUGAAAUUUAUUCAUGCAACCAACUGACAGUUUUUUGGGUACAAUUAUAUUGACAUUGUUGCCCUGUUUUUAGAAUAGCAGGGUUAAUUCUCACAUGUGCCAAACCAAAUGUACUAGAGCAUGACAUUGGGGACUGGGCCCCGAUCCAACAACAUGCCUAUCUAGUGAACCCUGAAAAGAGAGAGAAGCUCCGCAGUGAGGUGGAAAGUUACUACGGAUAUUGCAGGAGUUUCCUCUUGAAAUCAGACAUGUCCGUGGUGAGGACAACUUGGUUGCUGAUUGUCUCAAGGGGGGCAGUCAAAAAUAUUAGUGUUUUGCGUUUAGCCAUUGCGUUGCCAUGGAUCACAAUUUAUUUUGACUGCACGGUUUUCCUGUGGGUUUUGUUUGGGCUCGUUCCAAGGGAACGAGAGUUCUAGAAGCGAGUGAGUUUUUCAAAAAAUUCUAGAAACUACUUUUUAAAAAAAAAAAUUUUUUAAUUGUUGAUUGCUAGUAGACACCAUGUUUAUAUUGGUGAAGGUGAAGCAUUGCAGUUGAUUAUAAUGUGAAAUGGAAGUUGUUUUCUGUUGGUGGUGAGCAUUCUCUUAAGGUGUUAGUCUUUGGUUUUUCCAUUUAUGUUUUGAGGUUGUUCGUUAGCACGUCUAGCUCGUUAGCACGUAGGACGCACUGAUUGGUGUCACCUCGUUAGUCAGUAUGUGUUACACCUGUGCUGGCUUGUCAUCUCGUUAGUGGGAAGGUGUUUCACCUGAGCUGGUCCAGGUUCUAUUUAACUUCUACUUCAUCACAAUCCCGGAUCCGGGAGCACCCCCAUCAGUAAAAAAGCUGACUAGCAUAGCGUCACAAGUAAAUAUCAUUAAAUCACUAUUCCAAGACACCAGAUGAAAGAUACACAUCUUGUGAAUCCAGCCAUCAUUUCUGAUUUUUAAAAUGUUUUACAGGGAAGACACAAUAUGUAUUUCUAUUAGCUAACCACGAUAGCAAAAGACAACUUUUUUUUCACACCAUUGUUUUCCUGCAUAGGUAGCUAUCACAAUUUCGACCAAAUAAAGAUAUAAAUAGUCACUAACCAAGAAACAACUUCAUCAGAUGACAUUCUGAUAACAUAUUUAUUGUAUAGCAUAUGUUUUGUUAGAAAAAUGUGCAUAUUUCAGGUAUAAAUCAUAGUUUUACAUUGCAGCCACCAUCACAACUCUCACCAAAGCAACUAGAAUAACUACAGAGACCAACGUGAAUUACCUAAAUACUCAUCAUAAAACAUUUAUGAAAAAUACACAGCAUACAGCAAAUGAAAGACAAAGAUCUUGUGAAUCCAGCCAAUAUUUCAGAUUUUUUAAGUGUUUUACAGCGAAAACACAAUAUAGCAUUAUAUUAGCUUAUAUUAGCCCAACUCACUAUAACGCAGCACAAAGAAAUAUCCAAAAAUCGCAAUAUACUGAUAUAAACUGAUAUAACUUGGUUUAAAAUAACAACAUUAUGAUGUCUUUAACACCUAUAUCGAAUAAAAUCAGAGCCGGAUAUAUCUAAGGCCUAUAACGGGAGCUUCCCAGAACGCCAUCCUGAGGUCUGUCUUGCGUCAUGGCGAAUGAUGAAAAGAGUGCACCCCACGUUCCCAGACCCUUUAUAUGGCCUCAGAUCUGCCUAGCAACUCCAUUUCAAUUCUCACUAUUUGCUGGGGAAGGCGUAUGCAGUGCAUCUCGACCAAUAGAAGACAUAAUGUAAAUAAAGGUUAAAUAAAUAAAUAAAUAAUAAACUGACCCCAGAACAGCCUGCCUGAUUUCAGAUUUCUCACUUUGCUCCAACUUGAGUUCUGUUUUACUCACAGAUAUAAUUCAAACGGUUUUAGAAACUAGAGAGUGUUUUCUAUCCAAUAGUAAUAAUAAUAUGCAUAUUGUACGAGCAAGAAUUGAGUAUGAGGCAGUUUUAAUUUGGGAACUAAAUUUUUACAAAGUGAAAACAGCACCCCCUAUUGAGAAAAGGUUUUAAGAGUGUUAGUUAGUCUUUGGUUUUUCCAUUUAUGUUUUGAGGUUGUUCGUUAGCACGUCUAGCUCGUUAGCACGUAGGACGCACUGAUUGGUGUCACCUCGUUAGUCAGUAUGUGUUAUACCUGUGCUGGCUUGUCCAUCUCGUUAGUGGGAAGGUAUUUCACCUGAGCUGGUCCAGGUUCUAUUUAAGAGUGUCUGGCCCAGUGCUCCAGUUGUCUUGAUAGAUGUGGAGAGGCAACACCUUUAGUUGCUCCACCUUUUUGAUUUGCUUCCUGUCUUUAAGUGUCUUUAAGUUUGGUGUGGAUUUUUCUUUUGUUUGCCUCUUCUUGGGCAGAUUUAGUGGGUCUCAUGGUGGGUGUCUUUUAUGUCCCAGUUGUUGUUACUAGUCAACUUUUAGUGGACACUGUGAGCAAAACUGCAACAUUAUGUUAUAAUACUUUUAUUGGAUCAAAUGGUUGUUUUAUGCAACAGAAUAGAGGGUUCUUAGAACUAUUGUGUCUGUGUGUUCUACUGAGGAUGGGCCUCCGGGAGGAAACACUGACAGGAGAUUUACAAUGUCUUUUGGGUGAUAAAACCUAAAGAGACCGCAUUCCAGAGCAUGAGUUAAUGUUUCUGUUCUAUAUGGUACCAGGGAGAGAUGACCCCAGGGCCAGACCCUGGUCUCUACACAAAGACUACUGUUUUUACAGCAGAUACUGUCUGCUGAGAAUUAUAAGUAUCUUUCAUACAAAUCUUAACCUUGUGACCCGUUCUAUACAUCUGUUGUUCGUCAUGUAGGUUGAUAGGGGUGUAUCUUGGCUGUAAAAGACCUUUGUACUUUUGUCUCGUGGCUCUCAAUGAAUCAUCUGGGGGUGAUUUGUCGACCAGCCAUCAUUAUCGUAGAGCACUCAAUUGAUUCACUUUAUAUGUGUACGUUGUAUUGACCUGCUCCCUUAAUAAGUGAAUAAAGGUUUAGUUUAAGAAUAA